UGCCUACCUCUGCCUACCUCUGCCUGCCUCUCCUGCUCGGCUGCUGCUGCCGGGGACACCCAAGGACCUGCCUGGCUCCAGGAAGAACUCGAAGAAGGCACCUCGGGGCUCUCCUCCUCCUCCUCCUCGCCGGGAGCAUGGACCCCAUCCCUGGAUGUGGUCUCCCCUAAGACUCCCCAUCUCCAGCCAGCGCCGUGGCUCGCCGGCUCCUCCGAGGAGCAGCACCCACCACGUCUCCAGGUUUCUCUCCAGCUCUUCCCCAGCUUCCCGGUGGCAGGGCAUCUUCCUCAGCUUCACGGAGACAGAGGGAGGCUGAGCUGCAUUGCCUGAGCUGCCCAAACCGCUAUCGAGAAGCCGAUAAAUCCAGCUGCAAAAAAAAGUUGGACGUUGUUUGUUUUGUUUUUUUUUUCCCUCCCUGCUUUUUCUCCAACCCCCCUGGGGACUUCAGCAUCCCAGGGCCCACGGGGAGGUGAAGCGGAGCAGCGGCGUGGGACCCCGCGGGGCUGGAAGGGAGAAGGGUGAGAGGUUGUGGGGGCAGAGCAGGACUCCUCCUGCCCUGGAGAGACACCUCACUCCACCAUGGCUGAAGGUCCCGGGAGCUGGAGAGACUUCACCCCGGUCCAUGGGGCCACGGCAAACCUCCAGGGAGCGGUGGACGCAGAAAGCACCGGGAGAGGACAAGGCUCGGGCCUCCACGGCGUGGAUUCAGCUUGGGAGGAGAUGAGAGGGGAGGUGGAGGAGCAGUUCCUGCACUUGGCCAUCAGAAAGCAGGUCUCCUACAGGAAAGCUAUUGCCAAGUCCAGCCUCCAGCACAUGGUAGCCCAGCCAAACCCUGCACUAGCCCUGAGGAGCGACUCAGAGAGGCAGAUACGCAACACUGUGGACUGGAGCGAGACUGCGGUCUAUGGGGAGCACAUCUGGUUUGAGACCAAUGUCUCUGGGGACUUCUGCUACGUCGGGGAGCAGAACUGUAUGGCCAAGCUGCUGCAAAAACCCCUCUCCAGGCGUAAGUGUGCAGCCUGCAAGAUCGUAGUGCAUACGCCCUGCAUCGAACAGCUGGAGAAGAUAAAUUUCCGCUGCAAACCUUCCUUCAGGGAGUCGGGAUCCCGGAACGUACGGGAGCCCAUCGUUGUGCGACAUCACUGGGUGCACCGGCGACGGCAGGAAGGGAAAUGCCGGCAGUGUGGCAAGGGUUUCCAGCAGAAGUUUGCCUUCCACAGUAAAGAGAUUGUAGCCAUCAGCUGUUCCUGGUGCAAGCAAGCGUAUCACAGCAAAGUGUCUUGUUUCAUGCUGCAACACAUCGAAGAGCCCUGCUCGCUGGGGGCUCACGCUGCUGUCGUCGUUCCUCCCACCUGGAUUCUGCGGGUCCGACGGCCCCAGAAUCCGCUGAAAUCUAGUAAGAAGAAGAAGAGGACGUCAUUCAAGAGGAAAUCCAGCAAAAAGGGGGCCGAGGAAGGGAGGUGGAAACCCUUUGUCAUCAAGCCCAUGCCAGCUCCUCUCAUGAAGCCCUUGCUGGUGUUUGUGAAUCCCAAGAGCGGUGGGAAUCAGGGAGCCAAGAUCAUCCAAUCCUUCAUGUGGUAUCUCAACCCACGGCAAGUUUUCGACCUCAGCCAGGGUGGACCCAAGGAGGCGCUGGAGCUGUACCGCAAGGUCCACAACCUCCGGAUCCUGGCGUGCGGGGGAGACGGCACGGUGGGCUGGAUACUCUCCAUUCUGGACCAGUUACGCCUCAACCCACCUCCUCCUGUGGCCAUCCUACCUUUGGGGACAGGGAAUGACUUGGCCAGGACGCUGAACUGGGGUGGGGGUUACACAGAUGAGCCUCUGUCCAAGAUCCUGUCACACGUGGAAGAUGGGAACAUUGUGCAGCUUGAUCGCUGGAACCUACAUGUGGAGCCAAACCCUGAUGCAAACCCUGAGGAAAAGGACGAGGCAGCCACUGAGAAGCUCCCCUUGGAUGUCUUUAAUAACUAUUUCAGCCUUGGCUUUGACGCGCGGGUGACGUUGGAGUUCCAUGAAUCCCGAGAGGCCAACCCAGAGAAGUUCAACAGCCGGUUUCGGAAUAAAAUGUUCUAUGCCGGGACGGCUUUCUCCGACUUCCUCACUGGGAGCUCCAAAGAUUUGGCAAAGCACGUCAAGCUGGUUUGUGAUGGGACAGACCUGACCCCCAAGAUCCAGGACCUGAAGCCUCAGUGCCUGGUCUUCCUGAACAUCCCCAGGUACUGUGCAGGCACCAUGCCCUGGGGCAAUCCUGGGGAGCACCAUGACUUUGAGCCGCAGCGUCAUGAUGAUGGCUGCAUUGAAGUUAUCGGCUUCACCAUGACAUCCCUGGCUGCCUUGCAGGUCGGUGGCCACGGGGAGCGGCUGUGCCAGUGCCGGCAGGUGGUUCUCACCACGUCCAAGGCCAUCCCCAUGCAGGUGGAUGGAGAACCCUGCAAGCUGGCAGCUUCCUGCAUCCACAUCUCCCUGCGCAAUCAAGCCAACAUGGUUCAGAAGACCAAGCGGCGCAACUCCAUGCCUCUGCUCAAUGACCAGCAGCCGGUACCCGAGCGGCUGCGGAUCCGGGUGAGCCGAAUCAGCAUGCGCGACUACGAGGCGCUGCACUACGACAAGGAAAAGCUCAAGGAAGCCUCUGUGCCACUGGGGAUCAUCGUGGUUCCAGGAGACAGCGACCUGGAGUUGUGCCGGACCCAAAUUGAGAGGCUGCAAGAGGACUUCCCUCCCCAGCCCUCUGCUUUAGAGCGCCUGCUCUUUCAGGAGGGAGAUGGAGCCAAACCAAAGAUGCUGUCAUCCCAGAAGCUGUCGCCCAAGUGGUGCUUCCUAGACUCAACCACGGCUGAUCGGUUCUACAGGAUAGACCGUGCACAGGAGCACCUCAACUAUGUGACAGAGAUAUCUCAGGAUGAGCUGUAUGUGCUGGACCCAGAGCUGGUGAUCACCCAGACUGUGGGCACUUCUCCUGCCAUGCCUGACCUCGUUGAUUCGUCUGCCACACCCACUGGGGACCAUUUUGCAUUCCCUUCCUCUUCCUCCUCUCCACCCUCCUCUCCUGCCCCCAGCGCUGAGCCUGAACGCUGCCUCCCGCAGAAAGAUGACCCUCUGAUAGAAGCUGCCAAGAGUGGCAACUUCAGCAAGUUCCAAGAGCUGCACCAGGCUGGAAGAGACCUGAUGGUGCGAGACUCCUCGGGCCAGACCGUCCUCCACCAUGCUGUCAAAUCAGGGAGCAAGGACAUCGUCAAAUACAUCAUUGAGAACGCCCCUUCAGAAAUCCUCGAUGCCACCGAGGAGGAGAACGGCGAAACCAGCUUGCACCAGGCUGCAGCCUUACGCCAGCGCACUAUCUGCCACUACAUCGUGGAGGCCGGGGCUUCGCUCAUGAAGACGGACCUGCAGGGAGACACCCCCAAGCACCGGGCUGAGAAGGCGAAUGACCCCGACUUAGCUGCCUACCUCGAGAACCGACAGCACUACCAGAUGAUCCAGCGAGAAGACCAGGAGACAGCUGUGUAGUGCUCGGCGUGCCUUAGCCCAAGCCAGCUCGGGCAGGACGAGAGGAGGACUAUGGCAAGUGGCAGAGCUGUGAGUCUGGCUCAGCCUUCCCUAAGAUGUCAACCUGGUCCCCAGAGGAGAUGGAGACAGCAGAGCUCUGCCCCAGGCUGGGCUGGGACUCUUGUUUAUGAGGACAAUGGGUAUUUGGGACUUGAAGCCUGACUCUUUGUGUGUGUCCCCCCCUCUUUUGCCCCUCAUCUACCGCAUUCUCUGCCCUGGAUGGGCUCCAUCCCACAGCCCUGUUGGGGAAGGCCAGGGUGAAGUCCCCAGUCACCCUUGUGCACGGCAGUGAUGCCAGUGCCACCUAAGCAGGCUCCUACCUAUGAUCCUCAUGGCAUAUCAUUGUUUGCCCCUUCUCCCUGCUGCCGGCUCCCCCCUCCUUGCUUGGCUGGGUUCAUGCCCUGUUCCUCCUCUCCUGUCUGGCACAGCCGUGGGAGGCACAGGCUGUGCGGGCCGACAGCAGAGCCCGUGAGCCUCAGACUUUGCCUCGAGGGAAGCGCCAUGACUUACUGCCCCCGCCUCCUCCUCCCUCCUCUCGAUUUGGGGUCUCUUCGUUGCCCUGCUGGGGCUUUCUGUGGCAGGAGGGAAGUCCCUGGCUCACCCAGCCUUUCCUCAGUGCUGGGGCAGCUGGAAGCAGGGCAGAUGCUGCCCUCCCAGUUGCCUUUAGUGCUUAGCCAGUCAGCAGUCUGGCAGAGAUAGCAUGGAGGAAGGCUACCAAGCUCUCCCACCAUCCUUCCCUCUGCAAGGCUAGGUGGAGCAGUGUCUGCUGGGCAUCUCUUUGUGAGCCUGCUGCAGCAGGUAGAGAGCUGUGCUUGGCCUGGGCAGUGGCUGUGGUGGAGCCUGUUAUGUUUCCCAAAUGCUGACUUGGAUCCAGCUGCCCUCCCUGCUUCAGCUCUCCCCCCGGCCCCGCGCACAACGCUAGAUGUUGCACGGGGCUGGAGGGGCAGUGCUGGAGUCAGUGCUGCUCUCAGGGAUUCCCCCCCUCAUGCUCCUGUCAACACGCAUCCUCUGAGUCCCGAUUCCUGCCACCACCACCACCCCCCUUCCCCCCAAAACUGGGCGCAGGUCUUUGCAGGGCAAACUUGGGGGCUCGCCCAGCCCAGACACAAGCUCCCUGGGCAGGCCACCAGCUCACCCUCUCCAGCUUUAGCAGAAAGAGGGAUCUGGAUACAUAGGAAGCACCAGGGCUCCCAGCACAAGUUAUGCUUGCGAUGGGAUGGCAUUUCACUUACCACCUGCUAUGGGGCACGAGGCACCCAUCUCCCCUGUGGGUGCUGAGCAUCUGCAGAGAGGCAUCAAGCCAGCCCUUCAGCAGGGCUUCUGCAGCGCCGGCAGUCUGUGGGACCAGGAGGUGCCAGCAGAGGAGGAGAGCUGAUGGCUGUGGGCCUUGCAGACCGUGCUUGGUCCCUUCAGGAGGGUGGUGGGUGCAAAGCUGCUCGCAGCUUGGCACCCAGGAGAGGAUGCAGCUGCCCCCCGGGCUGUGUGCGGUCCCACCUGCACUCACACCCAGCUGCCCCCGGUGGGUAGUGCUGGGUGGCACCAUCCGGAUCUCCUCUAAUGCCAACAGGAAAGCAAAAAGGGUAUGAGGGUACCACAGAGAACCAAAAAUACCCUUGCAGGCUUUUUGGCCAGGGGGCAGAGUUCCCUUGGGAGAUGGAGGACGCUGCGGUGGAGAGCAGAGGCACCAGGGCAGUGCGGGGUGCCAGGGGUCAGUGGCAUUAUUGGCCAUCAAUGACAAUAGUGUCCCAACACCUUCAGAGCUGGGGUGCUCCAGCAGCACCCAGGGUUCCUAGCAGCGCUGGUCGGUGGCAUUAUUGGCCAUCAAUGACAAUAGUGUCCCAACACCUUCAGAGCUGGGGUGCUCCAGCAGCACCCAGGGUUCCUACCAGCACUGCUUGCUGGCCACCGACACACAAGGCACUGUCAUCUUCUCAAAGGUGCAGACUUCUGCCCUCCCCCAAACCGGGAUGCCGCAGGCGUUUACAGCCCCAGCUUCCCCCUUUCUCCCCAGUUUUGUAUCAUCUUCCCUUCUAGUUUUUUGUACAGGUAGUUGAGAGACACACUGUUCCCCCUCCCUGCCUGGCCCCUCCGUGCGUGCGUGAGCUGAGUUGCUGUGCAAUUCCAAGCCUGGCUUGUGUUUCGGCGAAGGCGGAGGGGGUGUUGGUCACCCUGCCCGCGGAGGGCAGGGGUUCUGUGCAAUACCUGGGUCUGUGUUUCCUAGAUGCUGUUGUAGGACUGUAUUUUUGUAACUCUGUGAGGGUGCCGGCUCCCACAGGCCGAGGGUCUGGCCUGAGCCUGGCGUUCCCAUCGCUUUUUGACUUCGACCGUUUGGAUGUUGUUGUUUCUCGCCACUGAAAUAAAGAGAUGGAUGUUUUA